ACGUAGGUAGAGUGCAUUCCUGCCAACGGAACAACUAUCGGAAUCCGGUUACCAAGGUACCACCGGGUCAAACUCCUGAAUGCACCCGUUGUUUAUUUUCCUGGCCUGGUUUCAGUCUUCCAGAGGGACGUCAAUCGAUAAGUAGUGAAAAAUUGCCGCUCCGUGGUGGAAUUUGCUGAUUUUCUUCAUUCAAAGAUUUUAAUUGAACGGAAUAAUGGAGAAAGAGACCCGUUCGAAGCAGAUUUCGAUCGUUCCGAAGAACGUUUUCGGUCUGCGGACGGACAUCCUUGGAAAUGUGCACUUUACCACGAAGCAGGAGAUAAUCUACCCGGUGGCGGGGGUUUUGGCCAUCCAUGACUUUGCCACCAAUAAGCAGAAGUUUUUGAGAUUUCCCGAAAACUACCACCCGGAAAGGAUUGUUGUUUCCCCGGACCGAAAGUACAUAGCCAUAUCCGAAAAAAGCGCCGAUAACAAAUCCCUGAUCAACAUCUACGAUAUUGCCACGCUGAAGAAGCGCAAAACCCUGCAGCUGCCCCCGGACUGUCCCAACACCCAGAUCGGUAACAUCUGCUUUACGUACGACUCACGUGGAAUUGCGGUCCUGUCCGUUGAACCGGAUGCCUUCCUGUCGAUCUUUUCGUUCGACAAGAACGAAUCACUCAUCAUCGGACGUGCCUCCAACUCCAGCCAACAGGGCCAGGCCAACUAUCUGUCCUGCAAUCCGGGCGAUGCCACGAUCGUUGCCGUCGGCGGCUACUACAUGUUGAAGAUCAUGAACAAAACGGACAAGGGUUUCGGCCAAAUCGGUACCAUCAAGGGAGACAACUUGCUGGUAACGUCGAUUGCUUGGUUGACCGCUGAAGCACUCGCCGCAGGAACGGCGGAAACCGAACUGAUCGUCGUCGAAUCUGGAGAACUCAAACUGAAGCUUAGAGCUGAUGAAGUCGAGAAGAUAGAUCUCUCGGCAGACACGGACGGUGAGCUAUCACCCACUCCGGAAGGUAGCGACUCAGGCAUCAAGAAAGACAACCACGACGUUCUUUGUUUGACGCAGUUUAAUCAAGGAUUCCUCUAUUCGAUCCACAAUUCUGUGCACGUAUUCGAGAAAACCACUAACUACAUCUUCACGAAGAAGUCGGUCAUACGAAUCCCCAUUACCCUGUACGAUCAGCAAUCAUACAAGAUCAUGAAUGUCGCCGUGAACGCCGAACAGGACACGAUCGUGGUAGCGACGAAGCAUUCCCAAAUCUACAUAGGAAUGCUCUUUGUGCCGGAAACUCUGAAGGUUAGCGAGCUCGUUUUCAGACAUCUCGGUGAACCGUUGCAUGUCCGUGGGAUCGUUGGAUUGUCCGUGUGCUCCUGGAAGCCGAUUAUCAUGACAGCAUCCAAGGAUCUCACGAUACGUCUGUGGAACUAUCAGAGCAUGAAGGUCGAAUUGGUCAAAAAGUUCCAGAUCGAGAUUGGGGUCAUUGCGCUGCAUCCAUCAGGGUUCUUCGCCGCCGUCGGGUUCAUCGAUUUGCUUCGGUUGAUGCAAGUUCAGCUAGACGACCUUAAGGUCACCAAAGUGUUCAACUAUCCGAAUUGUACUCAGCUGAAAUUUUCCAACCAUGGUCAUCUGCUGGCGGCAGCCCACGGCAACAUCAUCAGUUUGAUCUGCAUCUUUACAUUCAGUGUCAUUCAAACGCUAAAAGGACAUAACGGAACCAUACUAAGUUUGUCCUGGUCGACUGAUGAUCUAUUCCUGGCUUCCGGCGGCAACGAUGGGGCGAUCUACAAAUGGAAUGUCGUCACCGGCGAACGGAUGGAGGAGAUCGUUCAGAAAGGCAUUCACUACCGAUCACUAUCGUUGACGAGCGAUGCCAACUCGGUGUUUGCCAUCACCAAUACCGGGCUAAUACGGGAGAUGUGCAAGUCCGAUAUUAACCGCGAAUUCAAAAUUCCGGAGCUGACGCCUUUGACAGAUAUUUCCCUCUCCCGAUCGGAUCUGAUCAUGUUCGUGGGAACGGAAAAGGGUCACCUGUACUACGUGGACAGUAGCAAUGGGAACUGCAGCAAUUUUAGAUUUUUCAACACAAAGAUCACGAAGGUCUGCAUGACCUACAACGAUUGUACGCUGGUGACAGCAGCUGACGAUGGAACGCUGAUAAUCUGGACGAUCUUGAACAACGAGGGUAAAACGGCAUCGCAUGCUAGAGAACUUGGCCAGUGCUCUGACAUACUGAUUGCGCGGCAAGAUUUGGUCGAUAAAAUCGAUUUGAUUUCUACACUGGAGAUGCGGAUCCAGCAACAAAUUAUGGAGUUUCAGUACAAGAUGAAGCAAGGGGAUCGGUUCCAUUCGGAGCAGAUGAGAGACAUUCACCGGGAUUACUGUGCAGCCAUCGAGGAGUUGAAGAAAAAGAAUGAGGAAAUGGAGCUGGCUCACCUGGAGGAGUUCAAUCUAAUGACGGCUAGCAUCGCCCAGGCGAAGGAAGACCAUCAGAAAGAAAUGAUGGAUUUCGAAGGGCAGUUUCACGAGAAGAUCAUUAUGGAAUAUGAUAAGCUCACUGAACUGAAGCAACGAAUGGACCAGAUGCGAGAGGAUUAUGAAGUCAAGCUCCGGCGAUCAGCAGGCUGUUUGCAGGAUACGAUCGAAUCCCUGGAAUCUGAACAAAGGAAGCAACUGAACGACAAACAGGAAAUCAUCAACGGCCUGCUGAAGGAUAUGGAACGAAAACGCAUGGAGUUUGACGAGUACUGUAAACAAGUUGACGUGGAUAACGAUCGCAACAAGGUGGAGCUUCAGUUGAACUAUGAGAAGAAGCUCCAAGAGGAGCAGGAAAACUGCAUGAAGUGGCGGGGAGAGGCCGGUGUGUUGAAGAAAAAGUUUUCCACCCUCAGCCGAGAGACGGAAAAUUAUCGGAAGGACAUUGAAACCCUCCAGUACCAGCAUGGAAAGUUUCAACAAGCUAUCAAACAGCAUCAGCGAGAUAUUGAAGAUCUAAAGCAGGAGCUAGCGGAUCGAGAACUGACUAUAAAGGAGAAAGAAAGGAAGCUGCAUGAGAUGAGUAAGAGAACUAACGACUUAGAGAAAUAUAAACAGGUUCAAACGCACAAAAUCACCGAGCUGAGGAGCCAAAUAGAACCGAAGCAGAGGGAAAUCAGAGAGAAGAAAGAAGUAAUUGGCGAAAUGGAGAAGAAACUGGAGGAAUUACAACAGAAUAACAAGCAGCUGGCACUGCAGUUGCAGGAGCUUCGCGACAAAUACUACGGAGCCGAUUUGGAGCUUCGAAAGGAACGGAAUCGUUUCCGUGGUGCAAAGCACCAGUAUCAACAGGUUUGUCGUGAGAUCUACAACGUAGCAGGACUGAUUCAGAAGCCCGAGGAGCUGAAACGAGGAAUUACGGAUUUGUGCCAUCGGUACUCGGACGACAAGGAGCUGCAGAAGUCGUUGGCUUUGGACGAGGACGUCCAGAAUGAGUUCCUUCGACAGAGAGAACACCUGGAGAAGUUGACCAAGAGUUCUAAAAUGAAGAGUGGCCAGAAGAAGGACACCGGUGAAACGAUGAAGCUGAUGAAGGAAAACAUGGAACUGCUGGCAGAGUUGAACAAGCUGAGAGAGCUACUGAAUGAGAAACAACGCGCUUGCACCCGAAUGGAGGCACUGCUGGGGUUAUCCAGUAAAGCCAUAUCACCCCGGGAAGCGAAAUUGAAGCUGGAAAAGGCUGUCUCUGACAAGGACGAAUUGGAGAACAGACACCGUGAGCAGGUUACUAAACUGCAAGAAGUAAUCAAAUCGCUAUCGAACGAAAAUCAAAACUUGCGAUCGGAAAUCGUGGCUUUAAACAAGAAGAAUAACGGUCGAAGUUAAGCACUUUACCUUCGUACUCAUGUAAAUAUACUUUUAAGAGUUUACUAUCAAUGGAC